AUGACAGUGUGGUGCAUUUGCAAGAUUGUUUCUCCUCUGAUUUCUUCCGUUCCAACCGGUGUAGUGCUAAAAAAUGAGAAAAAAGGUCUUAGGUUUGCAAGUACAGUGCAACCUCUCCGGCUUGCUGAAUGGAAUAUGGAUGACAAGACCAUCUUCUUCACGAAAGGAAAAAAGUAUACCCUCCGUGAUUUUGAGAACAUGGCAAACAAGGUAUAUGCUCGUAGAUAUUGUAUUUCUGGAUGUCUUCCUUCUGCAUACUUGGAAAGGGAAUUUUGGAGCGAAAUGGCCUGUGGUAAGAAAGGAACAGUUGAGUAUGGAGUUAAUGUGGAUGGUAGUGCAUUUUCAUGUGCUCCUGAUGAUCAGCUUGGAAGAAGCAAAUGGAACUUGAAGUCACUUCCACGGCUGCCCAAAUUUACAUUGCGUUUGCUGGAAACUGCUAUUCCGGGAAUAACAGAUCCCAUGCUUUACAUUGGAAUGCUAUUUAGUAUGUUCGCAUGGCAUGUGGAGGAUCAUUACUUGUACAGCAUCAAUUAUCAUCACUGUGGGGCACCCAAAACAUGGUAUGGAGUUCCUGGCAAUGCAGCUCCCGAAUUUGAGAAAGUUGUACAACAUUAUGUUUAUAGUCAUGAUAUCCUAUCAAUUGAUGGAGAAAAUGAAGCUUUCGCUGUGCUUGUGGAGAAAACAACAAUGUUUCCUCCAAAUAUUUUGCUACAACAUGAUGUCCCUGUUUAUAGAGCUGUGCAAUUGCCAGGGGAAUUUAUAAUCACAUUUCCCAAAUCAUAUCAUGCGGGAUUUAGUCAUGGCUUUAACUGUGGUGAGGCAGUUAACUUUGCUAUUGAUGACUGGUUUUCAUUUGGGGCAGCUGCUACCAAGCGUUAUGCGCUUCUCAGAAGGAUGCCAAUUGUUUCUUAUGAAGAGCUUGUUUGUAAAGAAGCAAUGCUUCUUUCAAAGUCCUUAAAUCAUGAAGAUUAUUGCUUUGCACAUCCAACCUCUCUCAAUUGUGUAAAGGUUUCUUUUGCAUGCCUGAUGCGGUUGCAUCAUUGUGCCCGUUGGUGUCUACAGAAAUUAAGACCAUCACUGAGUGUUUCUCCAGAUUCACAAGGAACCAUUUUUUGUAGCCUCUGCAAACGGGACUGCUACGUGGCACACAUCACGUGCAACUGCUAUAUCAAUCCCAUUUGCCUUUUCCACGUGGUAGAGUCCUGUAACUGCCCAUGUGGGAACAAGCUUUUUCUUUUCAUAAGAGCGGAUGUACCAGAAAUGGAAGCUUUAGCAAAACAAUUUGAGCAGGAAGAAGGAAUAUUACAGAAGGUUGAGCAACAAGUAAAAUGUGACACUGACUUGUGGAUGCAGAACAUGAUCCCUUGGACGAAAGAUGAAUACACCCCAUAUUGUGAGACCUCUGUUUAUCAUCAGCAGCAGCAGCUUGACAGAUGGAACAAGCUUGACCGUGAAGGAAGACGUACUGCACAAACUACUGCAUACGAAGAUGAUACUGAGACCAAGUCAAUGCAACUGAGAAGAAGUCUUAGGAAAAACAAUGUCCAGGCUGAUGUUGGAACAGCUAUGAAGAGAGGGACAAUUUGUGACAAAGUGAGAGGGCCAUCAUUCCCCAAGGUUAAAAAGCGAGCCAGAUCAAACCGUAGACCACGGAAGAUGGAAAGUAAUUCCAGCAAGACUGGCACCGGAGACUCUUCAAAAACCGGAGCCAAAGGAAGUCAAUAGUUACUCUGAGAGAAGCAACAGCAUUUCAGUAGCUGACUACAAAAAUACAUUACGUUCAUGUUGCCUGCCUCAAAUUUGAGGCACUGGCAUGUUGAAAUUGAAGGGGCAUUGGAGCUCGUUCUUUGGACCUAAUAGAUUUGUUACAUUUGUUGAUUCUUUGAAAUGGUAAGCAGAAUGUAAAUUUGUAACAUCUCUAGGAUGGUCUGCUACUUCCCUUUAUAAAAAUUGUUAAGUUGGGAGUGGUAGAAUAGGAUGCAACUAAAGGUUGCAUAUUUUGUAUAGCAUUACAUAGAGAAUAUAGUACAAAACAAUACUUUCAUCAAAUAAGAGGAUUUAAA